GAGGGCGGGGAAUAUCACUGUGGGGGUGGGGGGGGGUGGUAUCUGCUCUGACAUGGAAGGUUAUGUGAAUGGAUCCCGAUCUAGAUCUAUUCUCUAUUUGUGAAGUAGGGAAUACAUCACAAAAUUAGAGAUGAAAGCGCUGAAACUAGCUCACAAGGAGGGCCAUACGGAGGUUUGUUAUGAUUCGUCAGGAAGCUUCAUAUUGACGGGAGGCAGUGAUGGUAAAGUUUGCAUCUGGGAAGGUCAAGAUGACACCGAUACUACAACAGUUACUGUUGGAGACAGAAUCUUUGCUCUGGCAUUCCAGGGAGGACGAUUUUUCACUGCUACUGAAGAAAACACUAUCCGUAUCCACACAUUUCCUGAUGGAGUUGGGGACGGAAUGGUUACUCGUUUUACAGCACCUGCGAGACACAUGGACAUUGCUGAGGAUGGAGCUAUGCUCGUGGCUGGAUCAGAUGAUUUCAAGGUGAAAGUAAUGUCGAUGGAAGAAAAUGAAUGCACAUGCCUGUACACAGAACAUCAGGCUCCAAUCCUUAGUGUCGCAAUGGAUCCCACACGAGAAUUUGUGGCUUCUGCGAGCUGUGAUGGAACUGUUAAAAUUUGGAGUUCUUUGGAUGGAUCAACUGAAAAGUCGCUGUCCCUUCUCUCAAAAUGUAGUGAAGCAAGUCAAGCAAAGUCUCUUUGCCGGAUGUGUUGGUCAGAAGAUGGAGAAUUUUUACUAAUACCAGUGAACAGUGAGGUGCAUAUCUAUUUGCGCUCGUCCUGGGAAGUUGUUGGGAAAGUAAGCAGCUCUGACAUAGCAGAUGAGAUCAAUGUCAUGGCCAUGUGUCCAGAUGGAAUCCAUGUGGCAGUUGGUUGUACAAAAGGAUCUGUGGCGGUUUUUGAUUGGCAGAACAAGAAGCUGGCUGAAAAGUUCUCUCAUCCUAAGCAGCUGGCGAUAACAUCUGUGGCAUGGAAUCCAAAGAACAAGAAGGAGUUAGCUUUCUGUGAUAAUAUGGGGCAACUUGGAUUUGCUGAGAUUUCAGCGAUAGUUGAAAAGUCCUCUGGAGUCCAGACCAAUGGAGAAGUGUUUGACGAUUUGGAUGAUGACAUGCUGGUGGCCUCUAGCUCGGUUCCCGGAGAAGGUGGAGAUGAUAUUGAUCGAGUGUUGGAGGAUCCCGAUGAGGAGAACAGCAUUGAUAUAGGGAGCAUCAAGCGUAGUUUGGCACCGUAUAUGGAAGACAAUGAUGAUGCUGAGUCCAUGGCGAGCAGUAAAGUGACAGACAUGCCACCCGUCCCAGUGACUGCCCCUGUGCUCCCAGCUAAUAUUUUCAAGCCCACUCCCCUACAGCCACCAUUUCAGCCUGGUUCUACCCCAGAACAUCUCUCAAGCAGAUUUAUGGUGUGGAACACAGUGGGUAUUGUACGCCAGUACACGUCGGAGGAGGAAAACUCUAUCGACAUCGAGUUCCACGACACUGCGACCCACCAUGCCCUUCACGUAGACAAUAACUCAGACUUUGUCAUGGCUGAUCUGUCAACGCAGGCUGUUGUGCUGGCCUCUAGGGGAGAUGAGGACAACCCCAGUAAACUGCUGUGCAUGCAUUUUGGCUCCUGGGACAGCUGCAAAGAGUGGUCGUACCAGAUGCCAGCAGGGGAGGAAAUACAGUCUGUGACAGUAACGGACACCUGGCUCGCUGUAGCCACAGCCUCCAGAACACUGAGGAUAUUUUCCGUUGGUGGGUUACAACGUGAAGUCUUCUCUGUGCCUGGAAAAAUAGUCUCUCUUGCCUCCAGUGGUAAGACGCUGAUGGUAGUGUACCACAAGGGCAUGGGCGUGCCCGGGGACCAGUACAUGGGCGUGUCGGUGAUACGUGUCUGCAAGGGGAUGAAGACGGCUCUUGUGAGGGAUGAGACACUGCCUCUGUCCCCAGGCUCCAGGCUGGCUUGGAUUGGGUUUUCUGAGGAAGGCACACCUUUUUAUAUGGAUUAUGAAGGAGUGGUUAGAAUGCUGAACAAGCAGUUUGGAUACACUUGGUGGCCUGUGGCAAAUACGAAAGAUCAUACCAAGGGGAAAUCGGACCAUUACUGGCUGGUGAGCAUGAGUGAGACACAACAGCAGAUUAGGUGUAUCCCAUGUAAGGGAUCUCGAUACCCUCCCACCCUGCCCCGCCCCGCCCUGGCUGUUCUGCCUCUGGAGCUGCCUCUCUGUGAUAUGGACUCAGAGAAAAGCAAAUACGAGGAAUCAUACCAACGUCAUCACCUUCUAGCGGAGAACUUGAAGCUAAUGGGAGGGGAAGAGAGUGGAGAGCUGUUUAAACCUGUCAGAGAGGCUCUCAUGAAGCUUUUUGCAUUUGCUGCCAAAGCUGAGAGAGAGUUCCGGGCUGUAGAGGUGUGCGACAUGAUGGAGGACCAAAGCUUGCUACAUUUGGCCGCCACCUACGCCACCCGGCUCAAGCGCAUUCAGCUGGCUGAGCGGGUCGGAAAAAUUAUGCACAAACGACAGGAGGAAGCCGAAACUGUUGCCAAUGAAGACGAUUCAGAAGAAGAGGACACUCAGGAAGUUGAGGUCCGAACCUCUUCAAGUAAUAGGCAGGCGGAGGAACAGUCUGAUGCUGAUGAUGAUGAUAUGGAGGUAGCGGAGGAUGACAAUGCAGACUCACAAGAACAGCCGUCUACUCCAGGUCCAAUGUUGAAGACAAACAUUGACAAAGAGUGCAGGUCAAAAGACAGAUCUUCAGGAAGGCAAAAUCCUUUCAAGAUUGCAUCUCCAGCUGAAAGGAGUGGAAAAAAGGGCAGCCAAGUAUUUGAUAAGAUGGAAAAAUCAACUCCAAAGGCUGCUCCCACUUUCGCACCUUUGCCUGUCAGCAUAAAAAAGUCGGUAAAAAAGACAAGCUCUGGCCAGGCAAAACUUACUGGCUUCAAGAAAGGUGACAGCACCAAGAGCAAGCAGAGUGACGGAGCCAAACAAGUCAAGCAGGAAGUGGUGCUGUCGCAGUACUCGACAGAGGAGACUUCUGAAAAUGAGCCUGUGAAAAAAAAAGUGAGUGCUUUUGACCUGUGGCUGGAGGAGAACAAGGGAGAUCUACGGGAAGAGUUCCCCGAAUUGUCCGACGAAGAUCUCAGUCAGAAGGCAGCCCAAGCAUUCAGAGCCUUGUCCAAAGAAGAACGACAGGUGUGGGUGCAGAAGGCUAAAUCUCAAACUGAGACCAAUAGUGCUGACUCGUCAAAGAAGAGAAAAGCUUCAACAGACGACGUCAGCAAACAGGAAGACACAAACUCUACCACUUUGCUGAAGAAGCACAAGUCUGGGGAGUCAGCAGCCGACAAAAAAACUCCCCUCUCUCAAACAACCAAUGCAAAACUGGCAAAAUUUGCCAAGACUGAUUAGUUUUUGUUUGUUGUUGAUCUGUGUGUGUGCAGCACAUCCAUGCUUGUAAAUAUGUGUAUAUGACUGUAACUGAAUUUUUAGUUUCACCUUUCAGUUUGUGCCCGUAUAUCUCGAAACUGUUCUGAGCUGUGAAAUAAACACGCUUGUGAUUGGGAAGGCCUUAAAAUAUACUUGAUGACUAUCUAAUUUUUUGUUCAAUAUAAUUUACGCCUGGUGUUUAAAAUUACAUUGUUACUGCACAGCAUAGUUCCACAAUUUCAUUGUCAGUUCAUUUAUUUGUUCUUCUCUCACUCUCACAGGAUGAUGGUUUCUGUAACGGGAUCUAUAGUUCAGGACCUAGGUGAAAAUCCAGUUCUCUGGUCCUUUUCAAUUUAUGAACUUAUGGAAAAAUUUAGUAUCAACAGUUAUUUUUCUGUCUCAGUCCAUCACAUAAUCAAUGGAAACAUGGAAAUGUCUUGAUUGAUCAUUGACUGCUUUUGAAACACACAAGCAGACCUCUAUGUUUUGAGCAAGUUUGUAGAAUUUUUGUAUUACGAUUUACCAAUUCUUAGUCAUGAAACUACUGUGUUAAUCUUUUCUAACAAUUUUCGUCUUUGUUUUGUAACAAUAAUUCACUCCCCCGCUGGGCAGUGCCACUGACUGAAGUGUCUUUAGGCCAUUCCCAAAGGGGGGACAUUUCUCGUUCAUGCACAGUAGAAUU